AUGAUAUCCCAACAGCUUCCUCCAGGGAAGUACUGCGUCUCGUUUGAGUAUCAGUCGUCAACAGGAAGCACUAUUAUAGAUUUAAAAAACAUCUCACCACAGUCUACAAAUACAACUCUCUGGACAGUCAAUGAGCGUGCAAUGCAGGAUUGGAAAAAUGUGUCUGUUGCAGUGAGCAGUAAUGAAACAUUUCAAGUCGCGUUUGUAGUACAUUUUGUUCGAGUGAACCAUGUUGGAAUAGACAAUAUCCAAAUAGAAAAAGAUUGCGGAACUCCAGAUCCAGUUACCCAUGCCAAUGUAUCAAUGUCUGCUACAACCUACAUGUCUGUUGCCACAUACACUUGUGAAUCCGGAUAUAACCUAUAUGGAAACAACACCAUACAUUGUAAGAGAAACGGAAAAUGGUCUACGGUCAAUGCGUCGUGUCAUCCUGGUGAUUGUAAAGCUCCGCCAAUUAUCCUACAUGGACACGUCGAUUCGAAUGCUUCAACGUACCUAUCUGUUGCCACAUAUACCUGCGAUCCCGGUUAUAAUAUCGUUGGAAAAGACACCACACAAUGUUUGCAAAACGGAACUUGGUCUUCUAUACAGGCGUCGUGUAAUCUACUCGAUUGCAACGUUCCAUCGACAAUUGACCACGGCAACGUGACCGUGCAGACAACAACCUAUCAUUCUGUCGCCUCCUACACUUGUGACCCCGGAUAUAACAUCAUAGGAAACAGGACAAUACAGUGCAUGAGUAGCGGAAACUGGUCCCGCACACAGGCAACAUGCAAGCCUGUCGGUAGGUCAUAAUGUAUUUAUUAAUCGAUAUUGAAGCGUCUUAUGUAUCAAUUGUAGCAAACCUUAAAGGUAUUCUUUAUUUAUUUUGAAUUCCAAGUAUAUCUUUGGUUUGAAAAAAAGAAAUCCGUUAGAGUAUACACUC